AUGAGCGGCGGAGGCGGGGCGGAGUCCAGGUGCGCCUCUGCGUCCACUUGGCAGAGCGCCUGGGAGCCGCCUGUGGGCAGGAGUGGAUCUGUCAAAUGCGAGGUUCCUUUAAUAAGAACGACCAGACCGGCUCCGAGAGUCAUGGCGACCGCAGCGUCUAACCACUACAACAUCCUCACCUCCAGCGCAUCCAUCGUGCACUCGGAGCCCGGCAGCAUGCAGCAAGCCACGGCGUACCGGGACGCGCAAAGCCUGUUGCAGAGCGAGUACCCGCUGCAGAACAACAGCCACACGCUCAGCCACGCACACCAGUGGAUCACGGCGCUGUCCCACGGAGAGGGAGCCCCGUGGUCCUCCAGCCCGCUCGGCGCGGAGCAGGACAUCAAGCCGGCGGUGCAGAGCGCGCGGGAUGAGAUGCACAACUCCAGCAGCAACCUACAGCACCAGUCGCGGCCGCCGCACCUGGUGCACCAGACGCACGGGAACCACCACGACGCCCGGGCGUGGAGAACCACCACCGCGGCGCACAUACCGAGCAUGACGACGACGAACGGCCAAAGCCUUAUUUACUCGCAGCCGGGCUUCAGCGUGAACGGGCUGAUACCGGGCAGCGGGCAGGGGAUGCACCACCACAACCUAAGAGACAGCCACGACGACCACCACAGCCCGCAUCUCAGCGACCACGGCCACCCUCCGUCCCAGCAUCAGCACCAGCACCGGCCGCAGAGCCACCACGACCACUCGGACGAGGAUACGCCGACCUCGGACGACUUGGAGCAGUUCGCCAAGCAGUUCAAACAGCGGAGGAUCAAGCUGGGCUUUACGCAGGCGGACGUGGGACUCGCCCUGGGGACCCUGUACGGAAAUGUGUUUUCCCAAACCACAAUAUGCAGGUUUGAGGCCCUGCAGCUCAGCUUCAAAAACAUGUGCAAGCUGAAGCCUCUGUUGAACAAGUGGCUGGAGGAGGCGGACUCCACCUCGGGCAGCCCGACCAGUCUGGACAAAAUCGCGGCGCAGGGGAGAAAAAGGAAAAAACGGACUUCUAUUGAGGUAAGCGUGAAGGGAGCUUUGGAGAGCCAUUUUUUGAAGUGCCCUAAACCGGCAGCGUCGGAAAUAAUUACCUUGGCGGACAGUCUGCACCUGGAGAAAGAAGUGGUGAGGGUUUGGUUUUGUAACAGGAGACAGAAGGAGAAACGCAUGACCCCUCCCGGAGGAGCGCUGCCGGGGAGCGAGGAUGUGUACGGGGACACGCCGCCGCACCACGGGGUCCAGACCCCGGUCCAAUGAACUCUACAGGAUCUCUCCGCCAGGACUUGUUUAUCCUUUUUAUUUAUCCCCAAGGUUAUAUAUAAAUCACUGGACUAUGAAACAAUAUAGUGGGUGUUUUAUGUAUAAUAGAUUGGAGUGAGUACUUACACAAUAUCUGCAGCGAAAAUCUGAAAAAUGGAACAUGUGUGAGGGGAGAACGGGACAUUUUUUUUCCUCUCCCAGAGCUAAAGGAACAUACGCUUCUCCGAGGAUACAUGCCCAGCACUGUGACUCCAGUCGACGCAGUUUCAAGGUGUAGCCCCUAUUGUGUAUUGAAAUCAUACUUGACGAAAAAAAAGAGGGAGGGGAAGGAGGGUACCCAACGCAUAGCUGAAUGGUUUCCAUUCGCUACUUUUAUAUCAAACCCAGCGCAUUUUUCCUGUGCGUAAAAUGGAAAGCAAACAGACAGAAGGCGUUUAGUUUUGUAGCUCCGAAUUGUGCGUCCGGCAGUGAUAGGUGGGUGGUGCGGAGGGGUCAAAGGAGCUGCGUUAACAGAGUAAACUGGAGGCCAGUAAAGGCUGCAGGACCCCAGUCCAGUGGAGUCCAGCUGGGGGUGAGCAUCGCCUGAGUCCCAUCUGUCAGCCAGAGCCGCUUUGCAUUACAAACAGUGCUGGGAAGUGCAGGCAAUUAUUUAUUCUAAAGACUGAGGUCAGGAUUUAGUAAUGAAUACAGGUUAUUAUUAUUAUUAUUAUUAUUAUUAUUAUUAUUAUUAUUAUUAUUAUUAUUAUUAUUAUUAUUAUUAUUAUUUUAAGACCUGUUUGCAGCUCGCUGGCUGAACUUUUCUGUAAUUGUCCUGAGUGCAGCGAUGUGAUGCGACCUCCGCCAUGACUCAAACAGAGGUAUAGACAGAAAGGCCAUUAUAGUUUUCACAGUGUGAGCGUUAAAUAACGUUAUUCCCCCCCUCAGAGCGUCUCCCCAGCUCUACGUAGGGCUCCGUGGCGAUUGAUUGGAUUAUCUGGCACUUUUCCACAACAAGAUGGGCUCUAGAUAAAUAUAUAUCUACAAAAAAAUAUAUGUCACCAAUUGUCACAGAAUAUUUGGAUCCACUUUUGUAAAUAUUGUAUAACUUUAAAAGUCAUGGCUUAAUCCCUUUUCCUUUCCUCACUUGGGCACUUUUUGGAUUGAUGAUUUAAAAAAAACAAGCAGGCUGAGUUUCUAAUAAUCCAUGGAUGUUUAGAAAUGAAGUCUGGGCAAACUUUAUUCACAACCUACCUACUGCCUUGUAUUUGUCUGCUAUUUACUGUUCAUUUUACUCCCGAAAUUAAGCAUUUAAUUUCUGUGGCGCGUUUCUGCUUUUAAGUCUUUUUCCCUUUCAUCCACCUGACGUGAAAUCAAUUGAAUUAGUUUAAAUUGUCAGUUAGGUUCUGUUGGCUUUUAAUUUUCCGAGUAAAUUAACAUUAGAUUAUGAUCCAAAUAAAAUAUAGUCAUUCACAAAACUCAAUUCAGAUUGACAGUUAAUCCAUAAAUUAAUCAGGGCGGAAUAAAGACGGAGAAUUCUGUUAAAAAAGUAAAAGUAAAAUUCUCAACAAUAAAAAGGCCUUUAUAUUUUUUUCCCAAAAGUAGUGACAUUCCAAAAAACACAGCAUAUUAUCCAAACGAUUAUUAUUAUUGUUAUUAUUAUUAUUAUUAUUAUUAUUGUUAUGCGAGGACGAUGUCAUUGAUUUCAUUUCAGCCAUUUUGUUUUCCUUCGCUCGUGUUGCUUUAUUAUGGGGUGCAUUACAGCUAGACAUUUAAUUUUAUUUUUUUACUUUAAUUAAUGAGAUUGUAAUUUAUUCUACAAUGGCUUUCAUAGGUGAGAUCAAGCGCGAGAUAGCCUAUAUACGAGAUAACACCGAGGAGGCUUUUGUUUUGUAGGUGACAAGAGAGUACUUUUAUUUUGCAGCGGGAUUGCCACAGCCUGGACCGUCACAGCUAAAUGUAUAUACAGCUUCUCUCCGAACUGUAGCUUGCUUUUUGUUUUAUGCAAAUACAGAUAUCCAGGGAUUUUGUGUAUUUUUUCUCUCCUCUCCCAUGUGGAAAGAGCUUUUUCCCCCGUUCCUUCCUGUUUUGUCCUCACUGGAACCGUCACGGCAUUGAUAUCUUUUUCUCAGUAGCUUUAAUAAAUCGAUCCAAGUCAUAAUUCACUGGAAAUCCAAGACGUGGGAUGUAGACCUGUAGCAAUCCAACGCUGUUUUCUUGAUGUUUUUGUUUCCUUGCUUGUUGGUUUUGUUGGGGGGUAUAGGCUUUGUCAUAUUCACUGGAGGAACCUGGGGUAGAUAUAAAACAGAGGUAAGAAAUGCCUGUAGGCGUUUUAUCACUUGACACAUGAACAACGGACUUGCACAUUUUUAAAUAAUGGGGUUGAUAUUAAACAGCUUUUUUCCAA